GAAUUGGAGAAAGGAGGAAAGAGUCCCACACAUGGCCAGAUAUCAAAGGAGGAAAUAAAAUCAUCCCAAACGGGGCAACUAAGUUUAGCAUGCAACACGUGUCGUGAGGAAGUCAUGAGAGGGAGAUGAGGGAGAUGACUGGGAGGAGGGAGGAAGAGGGAGGUUGCUAGGUGACGGAGCGUACAUACUGAAUUUUAACAAAAUCACGGGAGAGGAGAGGGUGAGUGAGAGGGACAGAGAGGUAGCAGUCAGCAACAUGUAGCCUCGCCGGGUGGAAAAAAAAGGCUCCAAACUGUUCGGCUCGUGCGCGCGCAAUCUCCUGCCUGUCUGCAUUUUUUUUCACUCUUAUUUUUCAUUUUUUGGGGGGGAUUGUGAUGUGUUGUCGCUCCAUCCCGAGGACGUUACCCCGCAAUAAUACAAUCAAUCAGGCUGCGUGCCGCAGGAAAUGUCCAGCGGAGGGAUGGACGGGUGGAUUGUGGCGCACAGGGAGAAGAGCAGGAGAGCGAUAAGAGGAGGAGGAGGAGAGAGCAGGAGCUCCUGAAAACAGAAAAGCACAACCUCAAGUACCACCAGCCCCUCCCUUCACCCUAACUGACUGCACCCACUGCCCCAGGUUUCUCAGACGCCACCAAGCCUGACGUGCCAAACAUCAGACAACCUCCCCUGGCCCCCCCCUUACCCCAUGGUGGCCCCAGGGCCCACCCUCUCACUGCUGUUGGCUGUUCUGGCCUGCAUGGGGCCCGUGCGCCCCUCGCCCCCCCUGCUGCUCCGGCCCCGGGAGAGAGAGAGGGACUCGGGUGGCAUCAACAUAGCCGUAGUCCACUCUGGCUCCUCCCUGCUCCCGGAGACGGCGGUGGCGGGAGGCGCGGGGGUCGGCGAGCCAGGUGGUGCGUCCGGUCUGGGAAAUGGUCCUGGAGGAGGAGGAGGAAGGGGAGUCGCGGAAACGGCCUCACUGGCAGAGCUGACCGGCAUGGGGUCUUUGGCUGCGUCUUCGUCAUAUCUGGCGGCUCUGGUUGGGGAGACGGUGAUGACGCCAUCGGGUCAGGCCAACGUCAUCUACCUGGCUGUGAAUGAGAGCAGUCCUGGAACCCUGCUGCUGCAGCUGUGUGAGCUGCUGGCCACCACGCCCCUGCAGGGCUUGGUGUUUGAGGAGGAGAGGCCGCCGCCGCCAAACCGCGCCCCCCUGGCUCCCAUGCUCGAGUUCGUCUCUGCGCAGACGGGGGUUCCCGUGGUUGCUGUUGGGGGAGGAGCUAGCCUGGGCCGCGAGCCACAGGAGAGCGGCUCCAUCUACCUCCAGUUCACCUGCUCCACCAUACUCCAGCUCGAGGUCAUCUUUGAGGUCCUCGAGGAAUAUGACUGGACUGCCUUCUCUGUGGUGACCACCCGUCACCAUGGCUACGAGGACUUCUUAGCCAUGGUGGAGGGUAUGACAGACGGUUCCUUCAUUGGAUGGGAAAAGAAGAGCGUUGUGGUUCUCAACGUGACAGAUGACCCCGGCGGGGCCCGAACCAAACGGCUGCUCAAAGACAAUGAGUCCCAGGUCCGCCUUCUCUACUGCUCCAUGGAAGAAGCUGAGCUGAUUUUUCGGGCGGCCUGGGCGGCGGGUCAGGCCGGGCCCAGCCACAUGUGGUUUGCCGUGGGGCCCGCCCUCUCCGGGUUGGGCCUGGAGGGCCUGCCGAAAGUGCUGUUUGCCAUCAGACCGCAGGGCUGGCGGGACGAGCCACGCAGGCGGAUUGCUAAGGGAGUGUCUGUGCUCACACACGGGGCCAUGGCUCUGCGGAGAGACCAGGGGGCCACCAGCCGGGCGCAGUACGCCGGGAACUGCCAGAGCGACGGCAACAACACCCACCGAGUGCUAGACAGGAUCAGGUACUUCACCAACAUCUCCAUCGGUGGGCGGGACUACUCCUUCAACAGUGACGGAUACUUGUCCAACCCGCUGAUCGAUGUCAUCUCCUACACCAACGGCCGAGGCUGGGAGGAGGUUGGCUGGUGGGAAAAUGGACACCUGCGUCUGCGCUACCAUCCCUGGUCUCGUUACGGAUCUUUUUUGAAGCCUCUGGAUGACUCGCAGCACCUCCGCGUGGUCACUUUGGAGGAGAGGCCUUUCGUCAUCGUGGAGCCCGCUGAUCCCGGCACCAGCUCCUGCAUCCGGGAUUCUGUGCCCUGCAGGAUGCCCAUGAACUCCAGUUUGGUGGUGGAGGGAGCAACUCCCAUGAAGCACUGCUGCAAAGGCUUCUGCAUUGAUGUGUUGAAACGCCUGGCUAAGAUUGUGGGCUUCACCUACGACCUUUACCUGGUGACUAACGGCCGGCACGGGAAGAACAUUGACGGGGAGUGGAACGGCAUGGUCGGAGAGGUGGUCUCCAACAGAGCCGACAUGGCCAUCGGCUCCCUCACCAUCAACGAGGAGCGGUCGGAGGUUGUGGAGUUCUCCGUUCCGUUCGUGGAGACCGGCAUCAGCGUCAUGGUUUCCCGCAGUAACGGCACCGUUUCACCGUCUGCUUUCCUGGAGCCCUACAGCCCGGCGGUGUGGGUGAUGAUGUUUGUGAUGUGCCUGUCAGUGGUGGCUGUCACCGUCUUCAUCUUUGAGUUCUUCAGCCCCGUGGGAUACAACCGCAGCCUGCAGAGCGCCAAGAAGACAGGCGGAUCAAAGUUCACCAUCGGGAAGUCCGUCUGGCUGCUGUGGGCUCUGGUUUUUAACAACUCUGUGCCGGUGGAAAAUCCCAGAGGAACGACAAGCAAGAUUAUGGUGCUGGUGUGGGCCUUCUUCGCUGUCAUCUUCCUGGCCUCCUACACUGCCAACCUGGCAGCCUUCAUGAUCCAGGAGGAGUACAUUGACACAGUGUCAGGGCUGUCAGAUAAGAAGUUUCAGCAGCCGACAGAGCAGUACCCGCCUCUGCGCUUCGGCACGGUGCCGAACGGAAGCACAGAGGAGAACAUCCGCUCCAACUAUCCCAACAUGCACCAGUACAUGAUCCGGAACAAUCAGAAGGGAGUGGAGGAGGCCAUCGACAACCUGAAGACGGGUAAACUGGAUGCCUUCAUUUAUGAUGCAGCAGUGCUGAACUACAUGGCGCGGAAAGACGAAGGCUGCAAGGUGAUGACCAUCGGGUCGGGAAAGGUGUUCGCCACAACGGGUUACGGAAUCGCCCUGCACAAGAACUCCCGCUGGAAAAGGCCGCUGGACCUGGCUCUGCUGCAGUUGGUGGGAGACGAUGAGAUCGAUAUGUUGGAGCGCCUCUGGCUGUCUGGCAUUUGCCACAACGAUAAGAUAGAGGUGAUGAGCAGUAAGCUGGACAUCGACAACAUGGCUGGAGUUUUCUACAUGCUCUUGGUAGCCAUGGGGCUGAGUCUGCUGGUGUUUGCCUGGGAGCAUCUGGUGUACUGGAAGCUGCGACACUGUGUCAAAAGAUCCGGGGGGAUGGACUUCCUCCUGGCUUUAAGCAGGGGCAUGUACAGCUGUUGCCAGUUUGAGGAUGAGACAGCACCAGGAGGGGGUACCAGCACUUUGCCUCAAUACCACACUGUGACCACCAUGCCCACUGCCCCGCAACAGCACCUUGUCACAGCCACAGUUAACAACACAACUGCCAUUGCCAUGGUCCAACAACAGCAGAAACAUCAUCAACAGCCAUCAGGGCAGACCUAUACCACCAUGCUACCUGGCUCACCGCCCACCACGGGACAUUCUGCAGUGGCAUUGGGUCCCUCGAAUAGUCCCUUACUAGAGGGCCCCAUGCCUUGCUCCACCUUCUUGCCUCGUCAUGACCGCAGACUGGCUGUGGUGGAUCGCUGGAACAGACCAAAGCAAGAGAAAGCCAUGAGUGGAGGCAACAGUGGGGGAGUGGGUAUAGGAGGAAUUGCAGGAGGAAUCACUGACCUACAGGCCAAACAGCAGUACCAGCAGAACCUGGGACAGGCCUGGAGCAUGCAAAGAGGAGCAGGGAUAGCAUGUGAUACAAGUCUAGAUGAAUACAAGCGUUACUAUGGUCCUAUAGAUCCAGAAGGGCUUGGAAGUAACACCGACCAACAGGUUGGGGGCCUUCAGCAGACUCCAAAAGCCAAUCCUCGAGGCAUUAAAGCCUUAGGGAUGCCACGCGUGCCCCCUAAAGGGAUGCAGCAAGGUCAAGCGCACUUAAUUUCUAAGCCUCCUCCACUAAUGCCAUCCUCGCCUAGAAGGCCUCCCUUCUGGAGACGAGGAAGCCUUGCACAGGCAAGAAGAAAAGGCUCAGGGGGUCCCUUAUAUGAGAAUAUCCUUCCUUUAGGAAGGCGAGGAGGUGGAAGAUAUGGGGCAAAUGAUGGAGGUAGAAAAAGGGGACGCCACCCCCUUCCACCUCCUCCUCUCCCAGUUCCCCUGUCAUCUCCAACUCAUACCCCAACAACUCCCUCCUCUCCGUGCCGUUUCUACUCAUCCUGCUCCAGUGCCUCAUCUUCCUCCUCCUCUUCUUCAUCCUCAUCUUCUUCUUCAUCUUCAGUAUCACUUUCUCGAUCAAAUUCCCCCUCUUCUUGCUCCAGUGACAGCUCCUACAACUCGUCCUUGAGUUUCCGUUAUCGGGCAGGGAACCGCGACUUUGUAGUAGAUGAUGAGGGUGACUCAGAUUUCCUUACAGAAGAAUCCAGCCUCUUGCUGGGAUCAAAGAAAAAGGUUCGCUCCCGUCGAAUGUCAUCCCGUUCACUGCCAUGCAGCCCCCCACCUCCACCGAUCCCUCCACGAAAGCCCCGUCCUCAGAGGGAUUACGGCAGGGACAGAACUGGCAGUCAGCUGGCCCAGCUUCAAGAGUGGUGGGCCUCUUGGGCUGACAGAGAAAGAGGAAGGAGGAGUUCAACAAGCCGAGGUGAUGGGGAGGUGAGUAGGGAGGAGAAGAGGCACCACAAAGAAAGAGAGCGCGAGAGAAAGAGAAGGAAGAAGGGCCGAAAGAAAAAGAAGAGAGAAGACAGGGAAAGAGAAAGAGAGCGAAAACGACGCAAAACAAAAAAGAAAAGAAAAAAAGAGGACAAGACUAGAAAGAGGGAGCAGAAAAGGUCUGAGCAGGAGGGAGGAGAGCCAGAUAAAAGAGAAGAACUCAAAUCAGGGACACCAGAAUUCCCACCAUACCCAUCUUUGAGACGACAGUCUUUUCGGAAAAAGAGUGAGAGCUCAAUCAGAAGCUAUGGAUGGAACAUCCCAGGUGAAAAUGAAAGAAAAGAAAGAGAAGAAAAGGAGCGUGAUGAUGGAGAAGACAGCAAGGGAAAGGAGAGACAUCACAGAAGAAGGAACAGUAAGCAUUAUCAUAGUUCAAGUAGUAAGCCUUCUACAUCUGUGAAAUUUUGGGGAGGGGGCAACCCUUCUUCUGAUGCAACUCCAUCUGCUUUUUUGCCGCUAUUACCCACCUCUUCUAAAAGACGGAAGAGUAAAAGUUCAGACAGAGAUGCUGUGGGGAUGGAAGGAGAGAGAAGGCCAUUGUUAGGAAGGAAUGACCGAGCUGAAUUGCACUCAAAGGAAGGGUUGUCCUUCCAUGAGUGGGAGUCUGCAGCAGAGAAUGUGGUAGACGAAUCAGAAACAGAGAUGAGGAAAACAGAACAUGGGAAGAGACACAGAGGAGGAAGGACUACAUCUGAUGAAGAGCGAGAACGUGAUAAGGUGGUUGGAAUAUAUUCUGAUGAUGAUGGCUCUUCAGGAGAAUUUGGGAAAUUUGAGAGGUACUGGGAUGAUCAUGAAGGCAGGGCAGUAGGGGGGAUUGGAGGCGGAGGUUGGUUCUUCAGCACUUAUCCUUCAAGAGACAAAACAGGAAGCAUCAACAGCAGAGAUGAUCUGUUCCUGGAGAGAGGAGAAAGGUGGGGAACAGCAGAAAGUGGGUGGAGUUCAAGUGCAGUUGGAGGUGGCGGUGAAGAAAGGGGCUGGGGAUCAGGUUCACACUGGCCCCCGCCUCCCCUCACGCCACCUCCUCCUCGACGAUAUUGGUCCGUGGAUAAGCUCCAUAUACAGGAUGAGAAGAAGAGUAAGCGCAAGUCAAAGGACAAAAGCAAAGGACACACAACUUGCUCAUCGUGCCAUUCGCCCAGACAUCACCCGCACUCCUCAAAAUGGGCGCGUUCGGCAUCACGAAGCCAGGAAGAGCUGUACCGCCACUGUCAAAGUUUUGGUGGUCCGUUAAAGCCAAAACAUGAUUCCUCGUCCUCAUCCAAACCUGAUCGAUCCCAUAAUCCCUCCAAAACUGGCAGCCAGUCAAACCUCAGUAUCCAGCAAAGGACACAGAGAGUGGACAGGGAUCGCGAGCGAGGAAUACAACCAUCGCCACCUUCGUCUCUUAUACCAAACUUACCACCCCCACUCCCUGCCCUUCCAGCUCCCCCGUCCUCAUCUCACUCAAUCCACGUUCCUCCCCAAACCUCGUCCUCGUCUGUUUCCUCACCCUCAGUGGUAUCGUCCGCACCGGGAGCACCACAUGCCUCCUCCAUGGCUUCGGCAAGUGCCAAGUUGCAGUACCAGAGACUGCGCUCCGUCCCGCAGCCCCAGAGGUUUCCUCAGUCUCCUCAUUUACCCCUUAAAGCCAAGAGCCUUUGCUCACGAAGGGACUCAGCACAGUUCUCGAGUGUGGAGAGCGAAGUCUGACGUACAGUAAAGGGUCCACAGUCAUGUGGAUCUCCAACGAGGCUCAUGCCAGCCUGAGGAAUCAUAAACCUGGCAGCACCCUGGCAAAGUGGCUUCAACGCCAAAUAAGAACUGUUAUGCACUGAGCCUUUUAUAAUGUUCUGCACAAACAAGCAAACAAACCAGAAAGCCAAACAAAGUCAGUGGAGUGUGUCAGCGGAAUGCUCUAGUGCUCACUGUUGUUUCUUCAUAUUCUUAUCAGUAUGUGAAAGACGACAACCGCAGCAUUGACUUUUACUCCAACUGACCAAACCAAUAAAUCAAACAUCAAACACAGUGAAACUGUAAAGAGACUAUUAAAAGAGAAAGACUUGCAGAGAGCAGUACUGUAUUAAGAGGAACCUUUAUGCUUGCUGAGGGCUCAGGAACUUUAUAGUACCAUUCGCCUGCUGCUCUCAGAAGCCUUUAACAGAGAAAUAUAAUUUUAUGUCUUUUAAACACAGUGCAUUUCUUUUCCCGCAACAAACUGUUUACACCCCCGCAGAACUGUGACACCCACCAAGGGCACCACUAUUGUGUCAUCAAUUCCACGUGUAAAAGGGAUGUAGAGUGAAAAUCAUCUGUUCUUCUGGUAUUCCUCGUCUUCUUUGCUCCAUCUCACCUCUUCUCUACGCUCUCUUUUUUUUUUUUGGUCUGUCGCUGUCUUUUUCUUCUCCCCUCCCUCCUCAUUUCACACGUCAAUCUUCUUCUCAUCUCGUCUCCUAGUCAGCCCUCCUGGCUCCUCUCUUUGAUGUGAUUCUUCUGUGUCUGUGCUUUUCUGUGUUUGUAUUCUUGACAACAGGGUAAAUCAGCUGUGACUGAAAUUCUUCUGGCUUAUUGAAAAGCUGAGUGCUAAACUUAAGUCGAGCUCUCCAUCAACCUGUACAGCGUCAGCAGCUGUGAAUCUUUUUGCCUUGCAGAGUAUUACAUCAUAUCCCAAAUAUGUUAUUGUCCUCAUGCAGCCACAUACAAGUCAAAGGACAUGUCAGCUCUUGGGUUCAUCUGUUGUUCUUGAGCAAUACAUGGUUCAGCCUUUGUUCAUGUUAAAGCUCUACACCUGGAGACCAUUACUUUACUUCUGUGUUAUAGUUGUCGUUGCUGUUGAUGGUGUUCUAUAUGUUAAGACAUAUAUUAAAUCUAAUGUAAUCACUGUGCCACACUACUCAAGCUUGGGUGCACAUCAAAUGUUCCCUGAACUACCUAACUACGGAAACAGAGGCCAUCUGUGCCCUCUGCUUGAAUGUAAGGUCCAGCCGCAACACAAGUUCUGCAGCAACAUCUACCACAGGAAGUCAAGAUGAACACAAUUGAAUUGCGGAAACUUAUAAUGCUGUGAAAAAGUAUUUCUGUUGUUUUUUGCACAUUUAAUUUAUUGGAUGAAAACAGUUAAUAUUAGACAAAAAAAAUACCCACUGUAAGUAAAACAUAACAAUUCUAAGGGAAAAAAAAGCUGUCCAAACAUGACAGGCAGUAUCUUAAAUUAACCUUUUGUCAUUCUUAACAGCAACAAAUUAAACCAAAUGUUUGUAAAUUCCAAUAGAAUUUUUUUUCUUAUUUUUGUUAAAUGUUUUAGUCCGCCUUUUCUUUGCAGAACUGUGUGAAUUCCAAACUUUCUAGAACUGAUGACUGUUUAGGGUCAUGAACAAAAUCUCAGUGGAUCUUCUUGAUCCUCUCAAAAAGUGGGCUCUCCUGGGUUUGGAUCUUUGUUGUGCUGCUGAUCCAAAGUGCUCUUAACCUUGAGCUCAUGAACUGAUGGAGAAUUUUCCAUCAGAUUCUUUUUUUUUAGAAGCAAGAACCGAAAUAAAGAUCCCACCCAUUAUAAGAAAUUGUGCAGAUUUUUUAAGGUGCAAGGAAGACCGAUACUACCACCUCUGUGUUUGAAUGUUGGCUGGAUGUUCUUUUUUCUCAAACUCUUAGUCUGACAAGAAAUGUAACGCGGAUGGAGUUACAACUUCAAGACAUUUUAUCUUUUUUUGUCUUUUCAUUUUUUGCCAAAGGUAAAUGUUGGUUUUUCUUAGUAGUGUCUUUCUCUUUAAACUCUCCAAUAGAUCAGUUUUUGUACUAAAGUCUCUAACCGAGUCUUGAAGUUAUGACCAUGUUGUUCUACUUCUUUAAUGCCCUCUUGGAGGAGUUCAUAUGUUCUUAGGGUCAUUUUGGUAACUCCUGGGAUGAGUUACAAUGUUCAGAUCUUCUGCAUUUGUAGUUAAUGGCCUACUAUGUGACCUAUUGGUCUCCUGAAGUUUUAAAAAUUUCUCCAUAGCCCUUUCAGACUGAUACAUGUCAUCUUUAUUGUGGUAAAUGAGGAAUUUAAUCACAAAAAAACAAUGGUUUUGGACAGCUUUUUACCCAAAAUAUAGGUUCCCAUAUUGGAAUUUAAGUGUAAUAUUGACUUUAUUUUUAACAUAAAACAUUUCUAUCAAAAAUAUUCACUGAAGUAAAAAUAAAUCUGAUAUACUUUUCCUCAACAUUGUAUGUGUUCAUAGUCAGGAAGUGGAUCAGAUGUUGGUUAUCGGAUGCAAACCUCUUUGGGUUUCAAAGUGUUUGUUGAGCUGGACUGGAAGCAAAACUCUUAAAAAAAAAAGGAAAAAAAAAUUACAGAUAUUGUCAUCCAAGGUUUGUUUCUCCACAAAGCAGGGGGAUUUUGAAAAGGUUCAUGGGAAUAAACUGCUCCUGUCACACGUGAGGACUAAAGUUCUUCAUGGUUUAAAUGUAAUUUCAUCAGUCCAGAAAAAAAAUACAUUCAGUGCCAGAGCCGUUUUGAUGUCAAAAAGACUACCUGUGUUGAAAUCUGGCAGAUGGAGGGGGUGUGAAAAACACAGUGGCGCCUUCUUUGAAGUGUUUAUUUUAAGAACAACAAAAAAAGCCUUUCUCAUCUUGUAAAUGUGUAACCUAGAGCUUUUGCUUUUUAAAUCCUUGACCAGGCUGUCACCAGCAGUUACCCCUUAUAUCCAUUAAGCGAGAUGUUUGGAGUCUGUUGAGAAGAGGAGAGGAGUUGGCACAGAAUUGUUGCUGUUUAUCAAAGCCGCCUGAGCCAUGCUUCUCAAAAGGUCCGGUCAGCUCAUGUCGAUUGCCUGGAACUGCAUCUGAGCCAUAAUUUCCUUCAAACGAAGAAAAACAAAAGAGAACUUAUGUUUAUAACAUAAAUCUGUUGUGUACAGUUUGAUUUUCUUUUAGAAAAAAGCUCUUUCUCUCUCUCUAUAUAUAUACAUAUAUUUCAUAUAUGCAGUAUAUAUUUGUGGCGAUGGGUAGAAAAAGAUGUUGAUAUUUAAGAGCAUAUUUUUUUCUUCAUUUAAAUAAAGAGCAAAAUGUUUCAUGAAUCUAUCAUGUUCACUGACAUUUAGAUUUUUUCCAAUGAAUAGAUCCGGAGAAAGUGCAAUGAUUAGCAUUUUACAAUCAGUGAGUAAUGUGACAUGUUUUUUUUUUUUUUUUUAUUCGUAUAAAAAAUACUACAAAAGCCAGUUAACCUAAACAAAGAAACAUGUUAAAUAAAUUAUUUAAAAGCUGUAAAAAAAUGUCAGCAACAAGAAUUGAAUUCGAGUUUUCGCCCUUUUCAUGUUUUUCCUCGUGUUUUUCCAUUGUGCUGGUAUAAAAUUGUAAAGGUUUUUUAUAUUCAAGUCUGUGAAUAAUUUUAUUUCAUUAAAAAAAACAAUGAUGCUAUGUUUUGGGACUAAAAUAUAUAAGUUUGCCUAAAUUUUACAGUAUUAUCUCAAUGAAAAUGUCCUUUCUGUCUGUGUCUCUUCUCGUGUCACCUCCCCGAUACCAAGUGAUAACAGAGACCAGUAUGUAACUGUGUUUUUGCUUAUUCACUUAAGACCAUCCGCCUCCAUUAGCUAUCUACUAUAGCUAGGGAUUUGACAUAGUGACAGCUGGGAGGGGUUUGCUUUGACCGUGUCACUGUAGCGCCGGUGACGUGUAUCUGUCUACCCAGAGAGGCCUUUUAUUUUUUGGUUUGGGCUACAGAUUUGCUACUCAACAAGACUUUUAGUAACACAGCAGAUUUUUCCACGACUCUUCACACAUGUAGUGGAAACAUUUAUAGGUGGGAUGUUGGUGUGCAGUCAUGUGACCUCUUGGUAACGCAAUGUAGCGAGCAGCACAGAAUUAUUUUUGCAUUUAUUUAUCCCUCUUGUUUGGUAUGUUUUUCAUCUUUUAGGGGUUCUAUUGUGAUUAGAUUCAAUCCUGCACAGCUACUACAGCAAACCAGCCUUUAAGGUUCAUGUGGUGACAUUGGGAAUCUUUGUGUAAUACAUCUACCAAGCUGUGCUUAAAGUCAAAACAUAAGAAAAGAAGAAAGACCCUUUUUUUGUUGUGUUUUACAAACUGAUUGAAAUAUUAAAUACCAUGGCUCUUCUGGUCUUGGCCAACCUGUUUGUGUGUUCAGACUCUACUGAGGCUAAAAGUGGUCUAACCAGGGCUUCCCAUUAUAAUCCCAAUUAGAGAAAAACACCUAAAUGUUUUGUUCAGCAAAGUCUAUAAAUUUUAGCCAUUUAAAAAUUACUCCUGAACUACAGAUCAAAAUGACAAAUACAAAAUAUAUAUAUAUGUUGUAGAUAAAGUUUAAAAUUUACCAGUAAUAAAUCAGAAAAUACAUUUGCCAAUAAACUAAAUAAGCAACUUGUCAUAUGCAAGUAAAUGAGUCAACAAUACAAGUGAAAUAUCACAUUUUAUAUUUGUAUUUAAAGAUAUUCAGAUUAGCUUUAUUGUACAGCAGUAAAUGACUUAACAAGUAACACUUUAGGACAAAUAUCUACUAAAAUUCACAAAUUUCUUGCCAAGCUAACAUUUUUUUUUGCUUACAACAUGCGAAAGUUAAAAAUUAGAUUUUUUUUGUAGUUAAGAAAUUCAAAGGCAAUAUUAUUUUUUUCUUAUAGUUGAAAGCUCUUAUUUAUUAAUUUUUUUAUGUUGAUAGAUUUAUUAUUUCUGUUUGCUAAAAGUAACACUUUCAAAGGCUGCAUUAAUUGGUUGUUCAUUACCUUAACAUGAAAUUCAAGUUACGGCAAUUUCAGAUUCCAAUUUUUCUCUUAAAUUCAUCACUUUUUUUUUCCUUUUUUAGGAUCUUAUCACCCUUGCAAAGUUGAUUAACAUUUACUGUACUAGGCUGUAAAUAUCUGAUCCAUUUCUGAGUUUCCAAGUUGUCUUGAGAAGUUUGCACUGCUCUUCGUCUCCUCCCGUGAGUCACUGGGUUUCUCCUUCAUUUUGCCAGAAUUUUAAACAUAUGAUGAAAAAACAAAUCUGAGCCAGGGUGAUUGUCUCAAACUGUUUUGCCUUUAGAUACCAGUAUUUGGGAAAUGCAAAAAAAUGUGAAGCAACGAGAUGUAUUUUAGCCUAACGCUCGUGUCAGGAAUGUCAAGUUCUUAGUCUUGUCUCCAAUCCAUUGCUAUUUCUUUUGUAAAUUGUAACAGCAGUGUUUACACUGCUGAUAGAUAUGACUGCAGGUCAAAAUUGUCCUUAAUUUUCUUACGUUAUUUUUAAGUUUCAAAGAGAUUUCAGACCAAUAACAUACAGCCUUAUUUGUGACUCAGGGAAACUACAUUGAGAAGAGUUUAAGACGGAUUUGAGACAUGUCCCACAACUGUGAAGACCUUUUAAAAGAGAAUCUGAGCUGAGAAUUGAUUUAAUGUGUAAAAAUUAAAUUAAAUUAAAGCCAUGACUCACACAAGGAAACUAAGGACCCCUGCAAACUUUUGAAAAUAUUUCAGAAACUCUAAAGAAUGUAGUUUUGCUUUUUGUUGAUAAAAGUUUCAGCCCAACAAAACAGAACCAUCGAAUUGAGGUUGGUAACAUAAGGAACCAAACGUUGAUAUAAAAAGGGUGUAAAAUAAGGAUAUAAUUUUCUGAAAAAGGCUUUAACAGCUUAGGUUUAAGAAUAAAAGUCAGCUUUUGAUUGGCUUUAUACGCAGAAACUAAGUAACUUUUAACUUAAAUUUGACCAAAAUGAAUCCGGUAAUCCACAUCUUGGCUUAUUAUUGUUUGAAAAGUGUACAUGCAAUUUAUAGUUUACGAUUUUCUUUUAUUAUUUUAUUAUAUUUGCAACCAAAUUGACAAAAAUUUUAUUAAUGGUUCAUGCAAAGGGAAGGGUUUGUUGACGGUCAAAAAAAAGUACAUUUUGUGACAUUUGUCAAGUUUAGUAACUUAGGACAAUUUUCUCUCUUUUUUCUCACAAGUAAUGCAUUCAAAAGAAAAUAGCCAUAAAUUUUAUUUAAGUUGUAAUUUCAGUUACAUUUUUUACCCUUACAGUUACAUGACAUUUAUGCAGCAUUGUUUUCAUACAAGUGCUUAUUUUUUGUAACACUAUUUAAUUUGACUCCAGAAAUCACUUGUGAAAAGCUAAUCAGGACCGUCAAAAUGACCUCCUUUAGAACUGAACCUGUUGAGUGGUUCUGAGCCCUGGCAUGUCCAGUUUUAACCUGCAGUGGAAGGGUGUCCAUCGUUUUCUUCUGGACUGUCUUAAAUCUUUGUGUUACGACUGCUGUAUUGAACUGUACGAGACAAAGGGUGGUUCUGCUGUGCUUUAUUGUCAGCAUCUCACAGACACACAGGUGUGGGAAGAUGCUGCCACCACCCGCUUUAGCCACAUCUGCCAAACAGUGGUGACAACGACAAUAUUGUGCUGUACUUUAGGCAGGACAAAAAUAAAAGAAACGAUUUUAAUAAAGAA